CCCCUGCACACACCUCGUAUCACCAGAGACACAGAGAGAGAUUCACACAGAGGUCAAACCCCCUACUACGACCCAGCCAGCCAGCCUGGAGAAGAGGUCAAAGGUCAGCCAGCAGGAAGCAGAACCCUCACUCUGCCGUUUUCUCCUCCUUUCUGCAGCGACGACCUUCCUCCAGACUCACCCUCGGGUGAGGAGGGAAAGAGAGAGGGAGAAGAGGAGCUCCAGCCUGAGCUCCAAGCCCAGCCCCAACCUGAACCCCAGCCUCAGCCUAAACCCGAGGGCACGAGCGUGGGCGAAACACAGCAGGAGGUCACCCCCGCAGCUUCCCGCUCACCUAGCGGAGGGGAACUCGAGCAGGAGGAGGGAGAACGAGGAGAUAAGGAGGAGGAGGAGAUAAAGCAGAAAGAGGUGGUGGAUUCGCAGCAGGAGCAGCGGCAUGAGGGAGAGGCAGCAGUAGAGGCUGAGGUGGAGGAGGAGGAGGAGGAAGAGGAUGGGGCAGAGGCCCAGGGGGGAGCGGCGGGGAGGAGGGCCAGCCUGCACCACACAGCUUCCCCCAUGAGGGUGCAGCGCAACGGGGCCUGCUCGCACUCUGCCACCUCCGACUACGAGCUCUCGCUCGACCUCAAAAACAAGCAGAUCGAAAUGUUAGAGCACAAAUACGGCGGCCACCUCAUCUCCCGCCGCGCUGCCACCAAGAUCCAGACCGCCUUCCGCCAGUACCAGCUCAGCAAGAACUUCGAGAAGAUACGCAACUCCCUGCUGGAGAGUCGCCUGCCGCGGCGCAUCUCCAUGCGCAAGGUGCGCGUGCAGAACGCUGAGGGCUUUUCCGCCGAGCGGGCGCUGGCCGAAGGCUGCAGCCUGGCGGGUAUCCCCCUGGUGCGCUCGCCAUCACUGCCCGCCACAGUGGGCGGCACCCUGACCGACCUGGAGGACUCAUUCACAGAGCAGGUGCAGUCGCUGGCAAAGUCCAUCGACGACGCACUCAGCAACUGGAGCUUGAAGACCAUGUGCUCCCUCCAGGAAGGAGGGGCCUACCAGUUCAGUGCCGAGUCCUUCAGUGCGGCUGGGGGAGGAGGGGAAGUGGGAGGAGGAGGGUUGGACCAGGCUUUUCUCCAGAGCAUGUCAGGUGGGGAGAAUACAGGCGACCUGCCCCGCAGCGCCAGCAAGCUGCUGAUGGCAUUCCGCGACGUGACCGUUCAGAUCGACAAUCAGAACUUCCGCAUGUCCUCCUCCGUCAUGGAGUCAUCGGCCUCUGUCUCCAUGGGCAACUGCGUCCAGCAGCAGCAGGGAGGCGCAGCCACCACCCCCACCAUGCCCACCUCUCCUCCGCCCUCACCCCCUAAAAUACACUCCCCUCCCCCUGAAGAGGUCCCCGCCGAACCCACAGACCCUCCUGUCCCUCCCUACGAGCCCCCUCCGCCCCCAGAACCAGUGGUAGAAGGAGAGGGGCAGGAGGCCGACUUCCCUGCGCCCCCGCCCAGUGAAGAGGAGCUAGAAGAGGAGGAGGGCCAGCAACCCCCCUUGACCCCCCUGGACAAACUAGCCAACCCCCAGACCCCGGAGGUGGUUGUCCAGCCCGUCCAGCCACUUCAACCCCAGGAUGGUGCACCCUCGGUGGGAUCCCCAUCCACCGAGGCCCUGGAGGCCAAACGGAGCGGCUCGGAGACGGCUGAAACCAGUUCUGAGCAGAUAAGCAGCAGCAACAGCACUUCCACGGAGGCGCGCUCGGCAUCGGAGGCCUCAUCCAAGGAGGCCCUGCAGGCCAUGAUCCUCAGCCUGCCGCGCUACCACUGCGAGAACCCGGCCAGCUGCAAGUCGCCCACACUCUCCACCGACGUCAUGCGCAAGCGCCUCUACCGCAUCGGCCUCAACCUUUUCAAUGUGUGAGUACCCAACUAUUCCCUCCUCACCCAGACUGGGUUAGUGAAAGAAUAUCGUGGACAUUAGGUGAUGAUGUUAUUGCUAACAUCUAGCCAGUGAUCAGCGAAUGGGAGUGAACUGACAAAAAUUAAUCCAUGGACAAACAAUGCUCUUACAUGACACACACACACACGCAUAAGGGUGGGGGUUUACAAUCAUGGAUCUCACCAUGAGACAGCACUUUAUUACAAGGAGGCUUAAAAAAAAUAUGAGAAAAGAAAGACCUCUUCAGUUCUCCCAAUUUAACAAAGGGAAGUAUCUUCUGUACGUUUCUCAAUGAUUUUCACUGCUCUCAGCUUGCAUCUCUCUCUUUCUCUCUGCCUCUCUCUCUUUCUGACUAUACAUAUCAUUCUCUAUUUACAUCUCUCACACUAAACAUAUCUUUCUCUAUUUACACCAUCUCUCUCUCUCCGCCCUUUUCCUCCCCCUCUCUCUCCCUCCCUGCAGCUGUGGUUAUCCGCCUCUGUUCUGCAGAGCGCCUGUCACCUUCUGUUUGUCUUUGCGCCCAGAAAUAGCUUCUCUCUUUUAUCUGCGGCUGGCUCCUCUCCCCUUAUAUGGUCCAUAUCCACAUAACCCGAGAUAAGCCUGGAGAGGGAGAAACUGUAUACCAUGAUCCCCAGAUUAGAAUACCACAGAUGUAGUCAUUAAAGGACGUCUCUAUAUUGUCCUCUAAUAGUUGGUUUAAGCACGGAGCAUCUGUGAACCUCCCAGAACGAGAGGGCGAGAGAGUGUGAGGGAGAAGGGGGUGGGGAGAGGGGGAUAAGGAGAUUGGGAGAGAGCUGCAGAAACGGCCUCCACGUAAAAGCUCACAUGCUGCAGCAUCAUCACAGCAGACACACACAGCUUCUCACUACUGACAUGGGACUACUGCACCCAUAGCAUUAUCAGCUAGCUAGAGAGCUCUUGUUGCUUAUGGUUAGUUGACACUUUACCACAAUAUAAGUUGGAGAGGGAAACGUUGAAUUGCUUGUGCAGUGUUAGCUGGUUUCUGACCUGAGAUGUCCUUCCAUUCGUUCUGGACAGACACACACACACACACACACACACACACACACACACACACACACACACACACACACACACACACACACACACACACACACACACACACACACACACACACACACACACACACACACACACACACACACACACACACACACAAUUAUAUACACACACACACAAAUACACUGCAUUCGGAAAGUAUUCAGACCCAUUUUUUCCCACAUUUUGUUAUGUUACAACCUUAUUCAAAAAUGGAUUUAAUACAUUUUUGUUCCUCAUCAAUCUACACUCAAUAACCCAUUAUGACAAAGCGAAAAUAGGAUUUUGGACAUUCAGACCCUUUGCUAUGAGACUCGAAAUUGAGCUCAGUUGCAUCCUGUUUCCAUAGAUCAUCCUUGAGAUGUUUCUACAACUUGAUUGGAGUCCACCUGUGGUAAAUUAUAUUUAUUGGACAUGAUUUGGAAAGGCACACACCUGUCUAUAUAAGGUCCCACAGUUGACAGUGCAUGUCAAAGCAAAAACCAAGCCAUGUCGAAGGAAUUGUUUGUCGAGCUCCGAGACAGGAUCGUUUCGAGGCACAGAUCUGGAAGGGUACCAAAACAUUUCUGCAGCCUUGACGGUCCCCAAGAACACAGUGGCCUCCAUCAUUCUAAAAUUUAAGAAGUUUGGAACCGCCUGCUUGUCCAAACUGAGCAAUUGGGGGAGUAGGACCUUGGUCAGGGAGGUGGCCAAGAACCAGGUGGUCACUCUGACAGAGCUCUAGAGAUCCUCUGUGGAGCUGGGAGAACCUUCCAGAAGGACAAAAAUCCUUGCAGCACUCCACCAAUCAGGCCUUUAUGGUAGAGUGGCCAGACAGAAGCCACUCCUCAGUAAAAGGCACAUGACAGCCUGCUUGGAGUUCGCCAAAAGGCACCUAAAGAACUCUCAGACCUUGAGAAACAAGAUUCUCUGGUCAGAUGAAAUCAAGAUUAAACUCUUUGGUUGAAUGCCAAGCGCCAUGUCUGGAGGAAACCUGGCACGGAGGAAACCUGGCACCAUCCCUACGGUGAAGCAUGGUGGUGGCAGCAUCAUGCUGUGGGGAUGUUUUUCAGCGGCAGGGACUUGGAGACUAGUCAGGAUUGAAGCAAAGAUGAAAGGAGCAAAGUACAGAGAGAUCCUUGAUGAAAACCUGCUCCUGACUGCUCAGGACCUCAGACUGGGUCGAAGGUUUCAACAGGACAACAACCCUAAGCACACAGCCAAGACAAUGCAGGAGUGGCUUUCGGACAAGUCUCUGAAUGUCCUUGAGUGACCCAGCCAGAUCCUGGACUUGAACCCAAUCGAACAUCUCUGGAGAGACCUGAAAAUAGGGAGAAACUCCCCAAAUACAGGUGUCAAAUCAAAUGUUAUUAGUCACAUGCGCCGAAUACAACAGGUGUAGACCUUACAGUGAAAUGCUUACUUACGAGCCCCUAACCAACAAUGCCAUUUAAAAAAGUACGGAUAAGAAUAAGAAAUAAAAGUAUCAAGUAAUUAAAGAGCAGCAGUAAAAUAACAAUAGCGAGACUAUAUACAGGGGGGGUUCCGGUACAGAGUCAAUGUG